AUGGAUAGUACGCUCAAUGGGGGCCUUGGAGGCGGUCAUAGCCCAGUAUCACCGCAAACCCCAGCCGGUGGCAGUGCAUACAGGGUCAAUGUGAAGAGAACAAAGACGAAGAAGUGGGUGGAAGCCAAGGUGCAAAGCUAUGAUGGUGACGACUGGGGCGGAGGCGACUACGAUGACGAUGACGAUGACCAAGACGAAGAACCAGAGCCGGUGCCGCCAAUACCCGAACCUUUAUCACACACUGGUGUGUCGAGAGACUCAAGACUUCCAUCGCUGCAGACGCACCAUGCUGUCCCUGGACCUAUUCCUGUAGUCGGACCCGAACAGGCACCCAGCAACGAAGCUGCUGCAGAUUCCCAGGGCAAAAACGAGAUGGCCACAUCUCAGCAUAAGGGUUUGGCUCAUGAGCCUGGCGUCCCAGAAAUUCAAAUACAGACUGUCACCGUUCCAGGAACAGUCCAACAAGGACAAUCCUCGUCAUCCGCGCGACCUUCUGACAUAUGUUACCGCGCCAAGGAGCAGACGGAACCUGGAAACCAGCCUACAGAUCUUACGGGACAAAUCCUCACUGUCGCCCGAGGUCACGCACGCUCCGAUUCGAUGGGCCAGGACGAGAAUUUCCAUGUGGCCUCCUUUCCCGGACAUGACCAAACCGAGGACAACCAUAAUGACGUCGACCAUCCAGAUAAUAACCGCCGUUCAUCAACGAGCCCAAAGCUACCCGACGUCGCCCGGAUGUCUGCCUUCGGAACAGACUUGUUCUCAUCUGCCCCGAAAAGCUUUUCUGUGGAGCAGCCAAUUGUAGAGCAGAGUGAUGACAGCGCCUAUGUCGGAUCCCCUACAGCAAGAGCCCUCGAGGUCGGCCCACCAAGUCCGAAACCUCAUAAUGAGCACCUUCUAUUCAGAGAUUCCGCGUCUCAGCGCGAGGACUUGAAGUCUCCCAAGUCAGCUGGAGAGACGGUUCCACCCUUGAGAACUCCCAGUCCCGGGGCUUCUGUCUUCAAGCUUACAGUCAGCCCUGGAUCGUUUGAACCCCAAAUGUUCACGCGGACGGCGACCUUUGACACAGCAAUGUCUUCGCCUGUAAAGGAUAACGACAUGCUAAGUGACGAGAUUCUGAGGUCGUUGAGCCCAGCCGCUGCCCCCGAGAAGCUCAGCCCAGCAAUUGCUCAAGAUGAUUCGGUGGCCUCAGAUGGAAGAGCAGUCAGGGACAUCAAUUCCAAUAUCAAAGUCUAUGACAACUGCUGGGGCGACUCAGAACCAAAGCCAAAGGCCCCCGAUGCCUUGGUCCCAAACUCUAUAAUUCCCCAGGUUCCAGAUCCAGACAGUACCACUUUUGCCUCAUUUAGCCAGUCCACGGUUAGCCCCGUUGACAAGGCGGCUACACCGCUUCUGCUACCGCAGUCCUCUACACCCCGCCGACGAUUUUCAUGGGAAGGCGAGGCAGAAAGCCUGACCCAAGACCAGCCUAGUUCCCCAACAAAUUCGGCAACGAUUUUUGCAAAGGAUUCGAGCGGUGAAAUGCCAGGCUCACCAGCAAUUGAGAUUACAUCUCUUGGGGAGAAUAAACCACCCAUGGUUAGUACUACCAGAGUUGUCGAAAUCUCUCCUCAGGUUUCAAACAGUAGUAGUCGUAGGGCAACUUUUCAGCAGCCCGUGGUCGAAGCCCCGUCUCCUUCCAUCUCUGCUCUGAGUGAUCAUCAUUCCACGGCAGCUCAAGCUGGCAAUGGAAUAUCACUCUCCAAUGAUGACGAACUGGUGCAAGCAAGCUUACUAGAAGACCACCGUGCCUCGAGCGUCGAGCAAGAGGCAGCUUUGCACAUUCCUCCAGCAGCCCCAACGCCCCAACGAAUGCCACAGACCAUGACUCUGAAAGAGAUUCUCAGCCUCGGCAGCUCAAAGGAGCGGAUUACCAAAUACAAUGAGUCAAGAAAUGCUUUCUAUUUGACAGACUCGGGGCUUGAUACUUGGCUCAUGUUCCUCAACGCGCAGCACUCUGAAACUUCCGUCACCAACUACUGCCUGAGCGCACAGGUGGCUGAACAAACCACCCCAGGUGCAAAUGCGGUCGGUCAGGCAGGCGGCCAGAACGCUGCGGCACAGCAGCCGUAUUCUCAACAAUACCUUUUAGCAAGCUCGCCUAAUACCGCGGGUCAUCCGACAAGCCGACCGCGCUUAGGUGGCCUGCCUACAUCUACAACAACAUCUGGCAGCACCUUUGGCCAUUCCGGAAACCAGAUCGGGACUAAAAGCAAGGAGUUUAUGCAAUCGGCGGGUAAAAUGGGCAAAGGAUUGCUCAGCAAAGGAAGGAUCAAGCUACGUGGAACCGGGGACAAGAACCGCAUAAGCAGAUUUCGCGCGCUUCAACUCGAGUACGCACGUGGCUAUGAACUGGACAGGAUAGGCGCUUCGCGUUGGAACGACUGGAUUGUGGAUGUUACCCAGGCGUAG